UUCCCGCAUUCGUUUAUUCGAAAUCUUGGUCGUUCUGUUGUUUUAUAGGUCUUUUCCAUGUUCUAGUUGAUUGGUUCCUCCAAGAAACUGACUUUGUGUCAUAAGGGCAGUCGUCGCUUAACUUUGAAAUCAAUUUUUGGGUGAAGCAACUGGCUGGUCCGAACAAAUUUGCGGGUGUUUUUAGUUCAUUCUUAGGUGCUUUUGAUGCAACCGUUUACUGAUAAAAGAAGGAAGAUGACAACAAAGAAAUGUGACUAUAGUUUUUUCGGCAGAUGCACUUGUUCUUCGACAGGACAUGGGCUAACAGAAACCACAAACUGGAGACCUUUUCAAGUCAAAAUCCUUUUGGUGGUGCCAUUGGUAGUUAUUGCUUUUUGCGUGGGAAGCAAUUUCUUUGUCUCCGAUUCAGAGGAAAAAGCAUCAAGGUGGGCAGAAAUUGCCCCUUUGGAAGCACCAGAGCGUAGUCGAUGCAAGAUUCAGUAUCGUGCUCGUGGAACUGAGUCAUUGCCGAGAGGUAUAGUGAGUGCAACUUCUGAUUUUGAAAGGAGGAGUCUUUGGGGCGUUUCCAGAGAUCAGGAAAAAGCUAAGAAAAGUCUACUGGCAAUAGCAGUUGGUAUUAAUCAGAAGGAAAAUGUGGAUAAUAUAGUGAAGAAGUUUCCACCAACCAACUUCACAAUCAUGCUCUUCCACUAUGAUGGAGUUGUUGAUCAAUGGCGGGACUUUCCAUGGAGUGAAAGCACGUUGCAUAUCUCUGCAAUUAACCAAACAAAAUGGUGGUUUGCUAAGCGUUUCUUGCAUCCAGACAUAGUUGCUGAAUAUAGCUAUAUUUUCCUAUGGGAUGAGGAUCUUGAUGUUGACCAUUUUCACCCUGCAAGCAGGUACUUGUUUAUCGUUGAAGAAGAAGGACUAGAAAUAUCUCAGCCAGCGCUGGACCCAAUUAAGUCAGCAGUGCAUCACAGAAUUACUGUGCGUUCAGCAAAUUCAAGAGUUCAUAGAAGAGCAUACAAGUUUCAUGGCAGUGGGAGGUGUUAUGAGAACAGUACUGCCCCACCAUGCACCGGGUGGGUAGAGAUGAUGGCCCCAGUGUUCUCAAGAGCAGCCUGGCGCUGUGCAUGGCACAUGAUCCAGAACGACUUGAUCCAUGCUUGGGGCUUGGACAUGAGGCUUGGUUACUGUGCACAGGGCGAGAGGAGCACAAAUGUUGGUGUAGUUGACAGUGAGUAUCUUGUCCAUCUUGGUAUGCGCACGCUUGGACAUCCGCGUGGAAACAAGGCACUCGAUGACUCGCCUGCGAGCAGUACAAGAUCUGAGGUGAGGAAACAGUGCCUCAGGGAGCUAGAGAUUUUCCGGGAGAGAUGGGACAAGGCAGUGAUGGAUGAUGAUUGCUGGACUGACCCAUAUCCGCCUGCCACAAGCGGGAGCAAGACAUCAUAACAACAUCCAAUAAAAUGAUAUAUAAUUAGAGAGGUCAUUUUUCUGCCUGCAGCUUUGACAACCCUGACAUUCAGCUUCAUGCCUGCUGACCAUCAUAAAAUUGGAACAACACCUAUGUCAACAUUUCCCUAUUUUUGAACACCAAACCUAUCUCCAGAAGUGUUGAAUGGGCCACUGUAUGCAGCACAUGCAGCGCCGCUGUAUAACAGAUGACUUCAUAGCAUCAUAUAACUAUGG